AUGGCACCAUACGAGGCAUUGUAUGAUCGAAGAUGUCAUUCGCCAAUAUGUUGGGAUGAGGUUGGUGAGUGGAGAAUCUUGGGUCCAGAACUUAUUGAAAAGUCUGUAGAGGCUAUAGAUAAGAUCAGAAUGAAGAUUAAGAUAGCUCAAGAUCGCCAAAAGAGUUAUGCAGAUAAGAGAAGAAAAGAACUAGAAUUUGAGGUGAGAGAAAAAAUAUUUCUUAUGGUCGCCUCGACAAAAGGGGUACUACAAUUUGGAAAGAAAGGGAAGUUGAAACCAAGAUUUAUCACCCAUUCAAGAUCCUCGAAAAGAAAGGACAUCCAUGAUCCAAGUCACAUAGUUAAUGCUCACUCGUUGGACGUGCGGAGUGAUAUAACUUAUGAAUAA